CAAGCCUGCUGAACCAUGUCCGGGGGGCAUUCAGCGUCGCCGUCGUCGCAGUCGUCGCAGUCGUCGCAGUCGGGAAACGAAGGAGCGAUGCGAGUGCUUACACGCCCGGUCACUUUCGUCACCGGGAAUGCUAAAAAGCUGGAAGAAGUGAGGGCUAUUCUGGGCAACUCCAUCCCCUUCCAAUCCCUAAGGCUCGAUUUGCCAGAACUGCAAGGUGAGCCAGAAGAGAUAUCAAAAGGCAAGGCCCGUUUGGCUUCAACUGAGGUAAAUGGGCCAGUUCUUGUUGAGGACACCUGCCUUUGUUUCAAUGCUCUUAAUGGUCUACCCGGCCCCUACAUAAAGUGGUUUCUCGAGAAGAUUGGACAUGAAGGUCUGAACAAUCUGCUAAUGGCUUAUGAAGACAAAUCAGCAUAUGCUGCCUGCGUAUUUUCUCUUGCUCUUGGGCCAAAUACAGAGCCUUUGACGUUUGUUGGGAAAACAAUGGGGAAAAUAGUACCAGCAAGGGGCCCCAAAGAUUUUGGAUGGGAUCCAAUUUUCCAACCAAAUGGAUAUGAACUAACCUAUGCUGAGAUGCCAAAGGAGGAAAAGAACAAGAUAUCACACCGCUCAAAAGCUCUCGCUUUGGUGAAAUCACACUUCGCUGCUGCAGGUUAUCAUUUUCAGAUCAAUGGUUCUUCUUGAUUUACAAACAAACUGAGAACUUAGUGAAUUUCUUCGAUGAAUUGUACUAUUUUUUCUUAACAUUACAACCAUAUAUUAUGAAAACUAUCAUGUGCCAAUGCUAUAGUAAAACUUGGGCA